AUGGCCAGGGACAGACUCGCUGCGAUGAGAGCAAACCAGAACACCGCCUACACUCCGCAACCUGCACCGCCUGCGAUGGCCACGCCUGCCUCCAACCGCAAACCUGCCCCACGGAACAUAUCUCCUCCUGGCAGCCACGACGGCCACUCGCCGAAAGAGUCUGGAAAUAUCGACAGCUAUGAAAUGAAAGAAAAGUAUCUGGACAUGUCCUCGUUUAUGGAUGAAGUCUCCUCGCUCAACGAUGGGAUCCGGACAGUGAAUGAAAAUGUAGAUAGAGUCAAAGAGUUCCACAAUCGUUUAUUAUCCGAAUUAGACGACUCACAACACCAGUCGAUUUCCAACCAAUUAGCCGCCCUCACCUCCGAAACCUCUCGGUUGACCCGCAACUUGAAGAACCGAAUCCACUCUCUCCAAUCGUCUAUCUCCAACAAUCAAGGCAUCAACAACGGUGAUGCCAAUGUUCGCGCUACCCAGGUCGGCGCACUCAAGAAACGCUUCAUGGAUUCCAUUAUGAGAUAUCAAUCCGUCGAACAAGAAAGUCGACAGAAGUACAAAGCCAGAAUGGAACGACAGUACCGAAUUGUCAAGCCGGAUGCAACACCAGAAGAGAUUCGACAAGCAGUUGACAGCGAUGAUGGCGGACAGAUCUUCUCACAGGCCUUGAUGACCUCGAAUCGAUACGGAGACGCGCGAGCCGCGUUCAAUGAAGUCAAGGAACGGCACGAAGAUGUCAAGCGAAUCGAGAGGACAAUCACUGAGCUGAUGGAAAUGUUCAACGACUUGGCAACAAUGGUCGAGGAGCAAGACCAACUGGUCCAGAACGUCGAGAACAACGCUGCAGAGAUCCAGCGUGAUGUCGAACAAGCCGGUCAACACAUAACAAAAGCUCGCGACUCAGCUGCUUCCGCUCGACGCAAACGAUGGAUCUGUUUCUUUGUGAUUAUCUUGAUUUUGGCUAUUGUUGCUGCGAUCAUCGCCAUUGUGGUCGUCACCCAGCGCAAAAACGACGCGGCCGCGAGCACGGCUACGACCCCAGCCCGAGCAGCAUAA